UUAAAAGAAAGAGGCAAUAUGGACUGGGUCUCUAAAUUAAUUCAGUUUCAACUGCGGGCCGUCUAUUCAACAGGGUGCUGCCGUGGACCAUCAUUCAUGAUGAUGAAAACAUGAGAGUCAACCUCGUCCCCCCACCACAUCCCGCCUGGACAUGUCCCCGCGCUGGGCAGUGGCCUAGUGGGUAGUAGUUGCUUGUAAGCAAAGAAGAGGCGAAGAGGGGAAGACCGAGAUUUGUGUUGGUGAAUUCCAAAAUUCCAAGAGCAUAUACUUUUGUUUGAUUCCAGCCCUCCUUGAGAAUAUCCUUUCAGAACAAAUUUCUCAACCCUUCAGCAUCCGCAUCUCUCUUUUAUAAAUUCCCUUUUUCAGCAUGAAAGUCUUUCUCCCUGCGAUUGAUAUCUUCAUCUCUCCUCCGUCUUGUUCCUGCCCUUGUGGUACUUAUUCCUCUCCCCCUUCUAUCUCUUUCCCUUUAAGAAUCCCCUAUAAGACGUUUGGAUUUCCGUCCAAGGACGGGAGUAGUAGUACGGAUCAUCAAUAUGACGAUCGAAGAGGAGGUGCCCCUGCUCUUGGAUAAUGUCGAGGGGAAUUCCAAGCCACGCCGCGUUGCCCUCUUCGUCGAGCCCUCUCCUUUUGCCUAUGUGUCGGGAUAUAAAAACCGCUUCCAGAAUUUCAUCAAGAAUUUGCGGGAAAUGGGUGAUGAGGUCAUUGUCAUUACGACUCAUGAAGGAGUGCCUCAGGAGUUCUUUGGAGCAAAAUUAAUUGGUUCACGGAGCUUUCCCUGUCCUUGGUAUAAGAAGGUACCCCUCUCUCUAGCUCUGAGCCCUAGAAUAAUUUCCGAAGUUGCAAAUUUCAAGCCAGAUAUAAUACAUGCAUCUUCACCUGGAAUCAUGGUUUUUGGUGCUCUAAUAAUUGCCAAGCUGCUAUGUGUUCCGUUAGUGAUGUCAUACCACACUCAUGUUCCAAUAUACAUUCCUAGAUACACCUUCAGUUGGUUGGUAAAGCCUAUGUGGAUGAUCAUUAAAUUUCUUCAUAGAGCUGCUGACCUGACAUUGGUCCCUUCAGCCGCAAUCAGCAGGGAUCUUGUAGCUGCUCACGUGACGGCUGCAAAUAAAAUCCGUGUUUGGAACAAGGGUGUUGACUCCGAAAGUUUUCAUCCUGGAUAUCGCAACCAAGAAAUGCGUGUGAGGCUAAGCGGUGGUGAACCUGAAAAACCCCUAUUGAUUCACGUUGGACGUUUGGGAGUGGAGAAGAGCUUGGAUUUCCUUAAAAUGGUUAUGGAUAGAUUACCCGGAGUAAGGAUCGCAUUCAUAGGUGAUGGACCAUACAGGGAUUGUCUAGAAAAGAUGUUUGCAGGCAUGCCAGCAGUGUUCACCGGGAUGCUUCAAGGUGAAGAGCUGUCCAAGGCAUAUGCCAGUGGAGAUAUAUUUGUGAUGCCUUCCGAAUCUGAGACCCUGGGCCUUGUUGUAUUGGAGGCCAUGUCAUCUGGUAUUCCAGUAGUGGCUGCUCGUGCCGGAGGAAUACCUGAUAUCAUCCCAGAGGAUCAAGAGGGAAAGACCAGUUUCUUGUAUACUCCAGGUGAUCUUGAUGACUGUGUGGGGAAGCUCAAACUUCUGCUGUCUUGUAAGGAAUUCAGCAAAGCUAUGGGCAAGGCUGCUCGGGAAGAGAUGGAGAAGUAUGACUGGCGUGCUGCCACCCAGAAGAUACGCAGUGAACAAUAUAAUGCAGCUAUAUGGUUUUGGAGGCAGGAGAGGGGAAAGCUGAUUCAACCCAUCCAGUGGUUGGUGAGAAGGUUUUUUCAGUCCUCUGAUGUCACCUGUGAUUGAUUUGCUCCGCUGGAACUGUGUUAGUUGUGGUCUACUAUGGAUGGAUAUCAGUAGCCAAUGCCAGUGUGGGAUGGAAUAGUAUUAUAGGUUCCUAGAUUAGAGUGGCUUAGGUGAUUGGUUCCAUUUCAGUUGCAUUGAGAGGUCAUGAAUGUGUGAUUACCAAUGCACGUAUUUUCUUGCAAUAAGAUUGUAUGAAUUCAUACUUAUGUGCAUAGGGCUUUCUAGUUUUACUUUGAACUCUUGCU